CACCUGUACUCUGUCAAACUUUGUCAAUGCUUCACGUGGUUUUUAUGCAUUCGAGCUGGUCAUGGAAGACUAUCCCACCCAGAACAUAACUCUAAACUACACUGCCAUGGCCGCGGUGGUCAGAUCUCCCUUCAUUAAUUCAUCUUCCAAUCCACCAUUGAGCAAAAUACCUCUCCAGUUUGCAGUAGAAGUGGAAGCUCCUGCACCAUCUUGCAUCGAGGGUGAAUAUCUACCUCGGUUCAUCCACCCAACACCUAAUCAGGGAGAACAUCUACAGGCUCGUGUCAAUCAGGAGCUAGAGAUCAGAGUAAAGGCUACUGCAACCUUCUCAAGGAUCAGUGAUGUGGUCUUUAGUGGACCUCUGAAUAGCACAAAGGAGACCACCACCACUGGGGAGUAUGUGAUCAACUGGACACCAACGUCAGAGAAUUAUGGCCAACAUUUUCCAAUUUGCUUCAUUGCAGAGGGGCAAAAUGGGUCCAGGAACUAUCAAUCUGAGAUGAGGUGUGUAAUUGUUGUGGUGGAGGCUGCAGGUCCAAGAGCACAAGUGACCUGUACUAAGGACAAAAUGUCAGUGUCAAUAGAAAGAGCCACUAUUUCGGGUAUUCAUGGAGAUCACUUGCGGCUGAACAACAAUGCUUCCUGUGCAGUUUCUUCCAACGAGACGCAUGUGUUUACAACUUUCUCUCUAAGCGGAUGCGGUACUCAGAUUGAAGAGACUGAUGAACAUAUUUCCUUCAAGAACACAAUUGUUACCUAUGAUAAUCCAAACCACAUCAUAACCAGGAAAAAUGUAUUCGAAAUUGAAGUUAUGUGCAAAUACCAGAAAAAGAGCAGCAUCACCACGAGGUUUGAUGCUCACAGGCCAGCCGUCAACUUCACAGAGAGAGGAUUCGGCUCAUUCAGCUAUCAGUUUGAGUUUUAUCAGUCUGGUUCCUUCAUAAACACAAGAAAUCCCAGCAGCUACCCACUGGAUUACAACGUUGGAGAAAGGAUCUACAUGGAGAUCGCCCCUGUCAGUGUCAUACAAAACACUGAGGUCUUCCUUGAGUCCUGUGUAGCUACACCCUAUGAUAAUCCUAAUUAUCCCAUCUCUUAUCCCAUCAUCACAAAUGGAUGUGGGGUUGAUGAAACUGUUAUCAUCCACACAAGUCACCAGCCCAGUGUAAAGUUCAGUUUGGAGGCUUUCAAGUUCAUUGGACAAUAUGACCAGGUGUUUAUCAGCUGCUUCAUUAUGAUAUGUGAAGCUAACAAUCCCAACACACGUUGCGCUAAGGGAUGCACCAAUGGCACACAGGUUGCACCACCCUCACAUGUUCACAAAAGAGAAGCAGCCAUCCAGACUGACAUCCACUUCAUCUCCCAGGGACCACUGCGGCUGAAGAGGAGUGCAUCAUUUUCUGAUGCCAUCAGCCAAAGCUUGAACAUGAACCUUGUUUUCGUGGCCGGGUGUGUCGUAUCAGUAGUUGCCAUGGUGUGUGGAAUGAUGGUCUACAAAUCCAGGGGAUCAAAGGUCAACUACCAACUUCUGAAAUCAGAUGAGAUUUAAUCAGAUCGGUUCAGACUACAAUGAAAUUAUGGCAAACAGCUAAUUAACAUAUUUUGGUGGCAUGUAUUUCUACAGUUUCUUCAAAAAAUAUUUUUUGGUUUGGGAAUAUUGCAAAAAACAUUUGUUCGGCCUUUUAUGUAUGAUUAAUUGUCUCUUUGUGAACUGCUUGUGGUGUUUACAUGUAUUCUAAUAUAUUAAAUGCACUGAAUAAAAACGGAUAAAUAUA